UUUGUUAAUUAGAUGAGCAACAGCAGUAACAAGAGGGCCCCGACCACAGCGACGCAGAGGCUCAAACAGGAUUACCUGAGGAUCAAAAAGGAUCCAGUGCCUUACAUCUGUGCUGAGCCCCUGCCCUCCAACAUCCUGGAAUGGCACUACGUGGUGCGAGGCCCCGAGCUCACCCCCUACGAAGGUGGUUAUUACCAUGGAAAGCUGAUUUUCCCCCGAGAAUUUCCCUUCAAACCUCCCAGUAUUUAUAUGAUCACCCCCAAUGGAAGGUUCAAGUGUAACACCAGGGAGAUGAAGCAGCAGCAGCAGGCGCAGCAGGAGCUGAGCUCUCGCCCUCCCUCUCUGCCGCUGCCGGACGUGGUUCCGGACGGCGAUGCCCACGUGGGGCACAACGUUCUGGGGCUGCCCCACGGGCACCAUGUGGGGCUGCCCCACGGAGCCCCCGGGCCCCCGGGGCUGCAGCAGCCCCACAGGAACCACGGACUCUUGGGAGGGGCCCUGGCGAACUUGUUUGUCAUCGUGGGCUUCGCCGCCUUUGCCUACACAGUCAAGUACGUGCUGAGGAGCAUAGCCCAGGAGUGAGCUGGAAAAUGAACACGGGAUGGAGAGCCAGGACUCUGCUUUUGGGGGAAAUUUCGGGGUUUUAUUCCAUGGUUGGGUUGAGAAGGUUUUCCGUCACCAAGAAGUCAAAAGCGUUACUGACAAAACACCGCGGUUUUCAUUCUUUGAUUUUCAGUUUCUCCUCCAUCUGUGCCCUUAAAAUCUGAAAAUUUUCAGCAAAUCCCUUUUUUUUACCCCAUUGACCACUUUGAUUACAAGUCCAUUUUGAAAACAAAUCCUUUUAUUUAUCCCAUUGAGCAGUUUUUAAAAUCCCACAUUCUCAAUCCCUGCAUUUCUGUUCGAGUGGGAUUUGUCACCUUUGCACGGUCAAGUUCGUGCUGAGGAGCAUAGCCCAGGAGUGAGCCCGGGAUGGAUGGAGCUGAUGGAGCAUUGGGACUCUGCUUUUGGGGGAAAUUUCAGGGUUUUAUUCCAUGGUUGGGGUGAGAAGGUUUUGCGUCACCAAGAAUUGAAAGCGUUAUUGAUGAGACACCGUGGUUUUCGUUCUUUGAUUUUCGGUUUUUCCUCCAUCUGUACCCUUAAAAUCUCCAAAUUUUCAGCAAAUCGUUUUAUUUACCCCACUGAGCAGUCUUUAAAAUCCCACAUUUUCAAUUCCUGCAUUUCCAUUCCAGUGGGAUUUGUCACCUUUGCACAGUCCAGUUCGUGCUGAGGAGCAGAGCCCGGGAUGGAGCCCAGGACGGAGCUCUCUGGAUCUGCUUUUGGGGGAAAUUUCGGGAUUUUUUUCCAUGUGGAAACUCCUGGGACUCUGCUUUUGGGGGAAAUUUCGGGGUUUUAUUCCAUAGUUGGGUUGAGCAGGUUUUGCGUCACUGAGAAUUCAAAGCGUUACCAAUGAGACACCGCAGUUUUAGUGCUUUGAUUUUUAUACUAAUCCUUCAUCUCUGCUCUAAAAAUCUCAAAAUUUUUAACAAAUCCUUUUAUUUCCCCCACUGAGCAAUUUUUAAAAUCCCACAUUUUCAAUUCCUGCAUUUCCAUUCGAGUGGGAUUUGUCACCUUUGCACAGCCGGGUGUGUGCCCAGGAGUGAGCCCGAGAAUGAACAUGGGAUGGAGCGAUUGGACUUUGCUUUUGGGGGAAAUUUCGGGGUUUUUUUCCAUGUGGAAACUCCUGGGACUCUGCUUUUGGGGGAAAUUUCGGGUUUUUAUUCCAUGGUUGGGUUGAGCAGAUUUGGCG